CUUUUCAACAUUUUAGCAAGUGCUUGUAGCCCUAUUUUUGUUUACAUUGCAUUUUGCCUUUUUGAAUAGCAUUUUCCAUACAUAGUGACAUGUUAGUGUUUAUGUAAUUGGCUACAAAGUUUGCAAUUAUAUGGAUAGCCAGAACAUUAUGUUAUAUGUUGGUGUUUAUAUUAUGUGUAUAGCCUAAAAAGUUUGCAAAUAUGCCAAACAUACUGUUGAGACGCUGAAAGUGAAAAACAAAUAAUCAGUGAAUGUUCCUCAAAAUACUAAAAAUGUCAUUCAAUUUAAGACUUCCAAGUCUAUUUCUUAAUCCUAGAGACUUGGCAAACUAUCUUCAGGUUUAGGAACUGUAGAUAGAUUCGUUCUAAUGUUUAUGAACACCAAUGAAAUCAGCAGAAUGGGGAAUUUAAUUAUUAAUAAUUAUAUUUAGAAUGACUUAAAAUCUGUUUAAUACAAUCAUUUUUUUCAGAUGGCUUAAUUUACCCUAAUAUGGGGCAAGUUUGAACCACAUAACCACUUUUUUGGGACCCCAUAUUUUGUUGUCUAUUUGAGUUCGGCAAGUUUCAAUUGAUAGCACACAUCAUGAACUUGUGUUGCAUUAUUUUUUUCCUGUCUUAUUUUCCCUUGGCUAUAGGUCGAAAACAGGCUCAUCCUACCCCACUCUCCCCUAUUCUAUUGGAAAUACUCAUGACUCCGUGUCAGUGUGUGUUGACGUGAGUCACAGUCACAAGAUUUGUGGACUUCUGGGUGAGAAAAUGAAUGGGAGGGAGUGUAGCCUUCAGUCACCACCCCAAUUGCUUUACCUUCGCGGUUUCGUGAGUGAAAUGUCGAAUCAUGAAUAAUGAAUGACUUCAAACUGAAGUGAAAAUAAAAAUUCAAACAUGCAUGCAUGAGUCUUUUCUCGUUCACCUUCAGAAGAUUAGGCUAUGUUAUGUACGUGGAUAGUGUUUUUUUUUUUUUUAGUUUGAACAGUGCUUAGAUUAGAUGUGCAAGUGGGUGCAUAGAUAGGGACGAUUACCUAAAGGAAGGCUAAUCCCAUGAAUCUGAUAAAUCGGAGAAGCGCUGUUCCGUGUUCGCCCCCCUUCCCGCAUCAGCAUCCCUCCGUGAGGUAUGACGUGCUUGGGAGCUGUCCCAGGAAUCAUGGUGCUGAAGCUGCCGCAUCCUCCAGUACCCAAUAAGCGAAGAGCUAUAGCCACCACAGGUUCCACGCCGUUAUUCCAGACACGGGGACAGUUUCCGUGGGUCUUUGGACACGGAGCUACGGGCACUCUACACCUCGCCGCUGCAUCGCCCUUGCGUGAUAUAGAUUCCAGGAUUGUAAUUGCUACCAAAAUGCCCCCCCUACGGUGAACCUGGACCAGCGCCAACGAGCGAGGUUUUGAUUUGACUCUCACCUGGAGUCGUCUCCUGAAAACCGUGAUCCUGCACGAUGUUAAAGUAGCCCACACGACCCGAAACAAGCAAGAGCCAACCAUAAGAAGGAGUUACGCUAAUUGAUGAAGACAUAUUGCAACUUCCGCUGAGGGUUUCUGUUGAAGUCGUCGACAAGGGGGUCGGAAAACUGCUUUGUCUUGCUCUUAACAAUAAUGGGAUGUAAUUGCCUGGCAUUUGAAAUUCCUCUAGGCUAACUGUUGCGAUCCCAUGCACUUGCACAGACAAGAAGAUGAAGAUGAACGCAUUGUAAAUGAAUGGAACAUCUCAUAUAAACUGCGGAUUUCUAAAUUGCGGUGCACUAAAAUCUGAAAGGAUUGGUAUUUUGUCGGGUUUGUGAACCUGUAUGCACUAGCGACAAGGAACGACGUGGGAAUCAGACUAAAAGCGAUUUUAGUGUUCUCUAUUUAAAUCUGUACUCUAAAUAAAUAGGAGCUCGAACCCUAGGCUGUGGGAGCGCUUGUUUGAUUUUUUCCCUUUUUUCUUUAAACAACUUAUGGCCUCUUAUGCAUGCUUAUACAAUUCCAAACCUAUCCACCCUCUACAUGUUCAGCAAGACACGCAAGGAGUUUGGUGUAUUUUGGCACUGAGGAGACAUUUCAGUGAUAUUUCAACACCAUGGUAUCCGAAACACCUUUUGUAAAUCAGUCUAUCCGUGACAACCUACCCUCUCCAAUCUAACCUUCUGACGGAAUUAUUAUUAACAUGGUCUGGUUUUUCCUGUGGCUUUUACCAACUUUAUUUUAUUUGCGUGCCUGUGAAAUGUGCACAUGUUGUUAGUCCUUGGUGUCGUUACAUGGUGCCGGACAUUGUUGAGUCUCCAUCUGAAGCUACACAGCGCCGGUAUGCUGAAGAGCCGCUUUUGCGUUUUGUUCAGUGACCUGAAGGUUCUUCUGUUCAGGCCACCGCCGCCCUCGGCACCGCCACCCACCCUCAACCCCAUGAUUGGACAAACAACAGAGCGUCGUGAGAGCGGAGCCAACUCGCAUGUCAAUAACAACACAUUAAUAGGAGUCAAUCAGUCGGACCCCUGGGUUGCCCCGCAGCUAGAUGGGGCUGUGGGAUCAGAGGGGGUCCGAGAAGCCCCGAUUUGGACCGAGGCGGGAGCGGAGGAACCUUCGGAUGCGUUUCAGUUCAGGGUCUCCCCUGACGACUUCCCCAAGCGGGAGGAACGGUUCUCCCUCAUCAGCUGCACGAGCGGCAUGAGGACUCCGUUGUGCAGGAUAUGUUUUCAGGGACCGGAGCAGGGGGAGCUGUUGAACCCGUGUCGCUGCAAUGGCUCCGUGCGCUGCACUCACCAGCCGUGCUUGAUCAAGUGGAUCAGUGAGCGAGGCUCCUGGGCCUGUGAACUGUGCUACUACAAGUACCAGGUCAUCGCCAUCAGCACCAAGAACCCGCUGCAGUGGCAGGCCAUCUCACUGACGGUCAUAGAGAAGGUGCAGAUAGCGGCGGCCAUCUUGGGAUCACUGUUCCUCAUCGCCAGCAUCUCCUGGUUGGUCUGGUCGUCCCUGAGUCCCUCAGCCAAGUGGCAACGGCAAGACCUGCUCUUCCAGAUCUGCUACGGCAUGUACGGAUUCAUGGACGUGGUCUGCAUCGCCCUGAUUGUGCACGAGGGACCUUCCGUGUUCCGAAUAUUCCACCGAUGGCAAGCUGUCAAUCAGCAGUGGAAGGUUCUGAACUAUGACAAAGUCAAGGACACCAAGGACAAAGAGGCCGUGAAGACUGGCGAGCGGGAGUGGACUCUGUCGCUGCUGCAUCAGCGGGUCGAAGCCGGACCGGACGCCUCUCCGUCCAGCCCCUCGCCCAUUAUCAUCAACACCGUGACCCCUACCACGGAAACAGCCGCCUGGGCAGCGGUGGCGGCGAUGGCAGCAGCGUCGCCCGAGGGAACAGGGGCGGGGCCGGACUUACAGAACUCUGUCGCCCAGGGCAACCAGCACUGUGCAUACAACUUCCGCCAGCUGUUCAGCCACCUGAGGCCCCAGGAGCCUCGCGGGCAGCCCAGCACCAGCAGCCGAGAGCUGGUCAUGAGGGUCACUACAGUCUGAGGAUCCGCUGAGGCCUACCUGGAGAGAUGGAUGCAGGGGGGGGGCUGAGUAAGAAUAAUGGGGCUCAGGACUCUUACGAAAAAAGAGAUUUUUAAAAGA